UCACACAUCACGCGCAUGCGUACCUACACGCGCAAUUUUUAUACCUGUUAGUCACAAUCAAGAACACUAAACAAACUAUUAUAUCAUUUGGAACGAUCUCAAUGCAUCGUUUAAUCGGCUGCGUCUGGCUAUUUCUAUCCGACUACAACGAGCAGUUGCGUGGCAUAAUUUCUUUACUAUCAUUACAUUAAUCUAAACUGUAUAUUUCAUAUACAAAUCCCAUGUCCUAAAUAAACUUAAAAUUAGAAGUUGAGUCGAUAAUGCGAAGGUUAAAAACAUGCAUUGUAAAAGUCAGUGGUUAGUGUUUAUUAUUAGUUACUUGGCAUAUGGAAAUGCUCAGAAAAACAUUGGUGCAAUAUGCGACGAUGGUGGGUUUGUGUUAGAAGCUGCCUUUACCGUGGCCAUAGAGUCUGUUUCGAGUGAAGAUGACCCCUAUGAGGCUAAAGUAGUACGCACCACACCGGGAGACGUACUCGAGGCCCACAAUGCUAUGUGCUCAGUUUUAGAGGGAAAUGUCUUUGGAGUGUUUGCGCCAACAAACGAAAAAGCGUUGAAACAUGUUCAAUCCAUAUCAGAUUUUCUUGAAGUACCGCAAAUAUUGGUGGACCAGUCAGUGGCACAUAAUCGGAAUUGGUCGGCGAUUAAUCUGUACCCAAAUCAUGUGGCAUAUUCGCAAGCUUUCGCCGAGAUUAUUGACAACAAAGGUUGGGAAGAAUUUACUAUAAUUUACGAAGGAGCUGAACUACUCCCAUUUUUUGAUGCCAUUUUUGCUUUGCAAGAUUUGGAAGCUGGCAAUGAAGUCUUAAUGACUGUCGUGCAGUUACCAGAUGGCGACGAUUUCAGAUCCCAUUUACAAACGAUAAAAAAGUCUGGAUCUUUAAAUUACCUCGUCAACUGCAGAAGGGAGACUAUAGAAACAUUCCUACUACAGGCACAACAAGUGGGAAUUAUGUCUGAUGAACACAGUUAUGUUAUAAUGAAUCCAGACUUCCAGACUAUUGACUUGGAUCCCUUUAAAUACGGUGGAUCUAACAUAACAGGAGUUAGAUUUUUUGACCCAAGCGUCGAAGCAAUUCAAAACUACGUAAAGAGCAUCAAUGCAAAAGUAGCAGAGCUAUCUGAAGAUCAAAUUCCAGAAGCCGUAACUGAAAAUGGACUAACACUCAGUUUAGCUUUGAUGUACGACGCUGUGAUGCUAUAUGUCGCGGCCGUAAAAGCUAUGGCGCUCGAGGAUGGCUCUAGUGUUACUUGUGAGAGUGGAAGAGGAUGGGCUUUUGGAUCUACUUUGCUUAAUAAUCUUAAAACUAUGGAAAUUGAAGGGUUGUCUGGUCUUAUCAAAUUCGACGACGAUGGACUACGUACAUAUUUUGAGAUAGAGAUACUUGAACUUAUGGCACAUGGCAUAGAAACGGUAGCGACUUGGAACAUUGAGGAAGGAUAUAAAGAGACCAGAGUCAUAAUACCAGCAGCAGAAGUUGAAGGUUCAGAAUCUAUGAAAGGAAAACAUUUCAUUGUUUUAACAGCCUUGAGUGCGCCUUACGGCAUGCUAAAAGAGUCUCCCAAAAAGCUCGAAGGUAAUGAUCGGUACGAGGGUUUCGGCAUUGAACUUAUCGAAGAGUUGGCCAAAAUGAACGAGUUCAACUAUACCUUUGACAUACAGGCCGAUGGCGUCUAUGGGUCCUUGGAUAAGAAGACGGGCAAGUGGAACGGUAUGAUGGAGAAGGUUAUGGACGGGAGAGCGGACUUUGCAAUCACUGAUUUAACAAUAACAGCGGCGCGUCAAAAAGCUGUAGAUUUCACGAGUCCUUUCAUGAAUCUUGGGAUCACUAUUUUGUACAAAAAACCAACGAAACAGCCACCGGACUUAUUCUCUUUCAUUUCUCCCUUUUCUUUGGAGGUUUGGGGUUGGCUGGCAGGAGCAUACGUGGGGGUUUCCCUAUUGCUAUUUCUACUAGGAAGGAUAGCUCCAGAAGAAUGGCAGAAUCCUUAUCCAUGUAUUGAGGAACCAGAGACUUUGGACAACCAGUUUACAAUGGCCAAUUCGUUUUGGUUUACUCUGGGAAGUGUGCUGACUCAGGGAUCUGAGAUUGCUCCAAUAGCGGUGUCAACACGAAUGGCUGGAAGUAUGUGGUGGUUCUUCACUUUAAUCAUGGUAUCUUCAUACACCGCAAACUUGGCAGCAUUUUUGACAGUGGAGUCUAAAUUUUAUGCCAUAAAAUCAGUACAAGACUUAGCAAAUAAUCCAUACGACAUAACGUACGGGGCUAAAAAGGGAGGUGCCACCUUGGGAUUCUUUAAAGAAUCGGAUAAUUUGCUAUACCAGAAAAUGUAUCAAUACAUGGAUGAACAUCCUGAGUACCAAACGUCUACUAAUGAUGAAGGACUGGCAAGGGCAAAAUCGACUGAAGAAAAUUAUGCAUUUCUGAUGGAAUCGACAUCAAUUGAGUACAUGGUGGAGAGAAAUUGUGAUGUGGCUCAAGUCGGAGGAUUACUUGACAGCAAGGGUUAUGGAAUUGCUAUGAAGAAAAAUAGUCCAUUCCGACAACCCAUGAGCGAAUCAAUUUUACAGCUCCAAGAAGAAGGUAAACUGACGCGAAUGAAGGACAAAUGGUGGAAGGAGAAACGAGGUGGAGGUGCGUGUGCGGACGACGACGCGGGUAGCGCUGAAGCCCAGCCUCUGGUGCUGGCGAACGUGGGAGGAGUUUUCAUUGUCCUCGCUGCUGGCUCCGGCUUGGCCGUCAUCUGCGCUAUUUUUGAGAUGCUUGUUGACUUAUGGGUGAUAUCACAUAGGGAAAAUGUGUCUUUUAUAGAAGAACUAAAAGCUGAAAUAAAGUUCAUCAUCAGCGGUAGCAGCGACACCAAGCCUGUACGUCACAGGGAACCUACUGGAAGUGGCUCAGGGGGCUCGAAGAAGUCCAAAAUCGAAGACGAAGAGUCCCAUAAGGAGGUCGAGAAUAACCUGAAUGCACCAACGCCGUCCGAACGCUCUAUGUCGCACCAUUCGAGGCAUACUUUGCAUAGUAGAAGGCAGAGCAACGCUGUACAAAUGGCACGAAUGCGGAAAUUUAGCAAGGCAACUUACUGAUGAAUGCGUUUGUAAAUUUUUGUAAAAAUAUAAGUAAGACAUUAAAAAACUACUAGAUUAGAAGUUGUCUUUAAUCUGGAAAAAUACACGGAAAAUGAAAGAAUAAAAUAAAACCAUAGAAUC